CGCGCGUGAAAAAAAAAACCCGAAUACCCAGUUGUUUCCAUAGUCCUGCUCUUCUAUUUUUCUGCCGACAUGAACGUAACGGCUUGCUCGCCAGCGGCCAUUCAGCCCCCUGCCCUGUACGGAGCUGAUAUCCUUUCCCUUUCUGCCUCGUGGGUCAGCAAUUUCACCCUCAACGUCCCUGCAAACUUCAACUAUAACCAUGGCGACAUUGCCGUGGAAAAUGCGCAGUUCUGCAACGUCACCGUCACCUACACCCACCCAGGCUACGACGACAAUAUCAGCGUCGAAACCUGGCUUCCCCGGGAGUGGAAUGGGCGCCUGCAAGCGACCGGUGGCGGAGGCUGGUUGGCCGGGCGUUUUGUGCUGUCCAACUUCUUCAUGGCCGGUGCUAUUGGCGAGGGCUACGCGACGACCACCACGGACGCAGGAAUAGGGGAUGCUGAAUCCCCGAAUGCUUGGGCACUGAAGAGCCCCGGGAAUGUGGACCUGGUUGCGCUACAGAACCUGGGCUCGCGGUCCUUAGAUGACCAGGCAGUCAUUGCGAAGAGUCUAGUUCGCAGCUUCUACGGCCGUGCCCCUGAGUACUCGUACUGGAGUGGCUGUUCGCAGGGAGGUCGACAGGGUCUUAUGCUGGCGCAGCGGUAUCCGGAUGCGUAUGACGGGAUUGCUGCAUCGGCGCCGGCCCAGUCCUGGACGAAGCUUGCGUCUGGGCUAUACUAUCCGCUCUUAAUGAAGAUCUGGCAUAAUGUGGACCCGUUGGCAUGCGAGCUGGACUUUCUGACGGAGCGCACGGUAGCGGAGUGUGACCCCAAGGACGGUCUGAUGGAUGGUCUUAUCUCUGACUUUGCGACGUGCGACUAUAGUCCGUUCUCGUCCGUGGAUAGCCGCUUCUUCUGUGACUCCCUCAACCGGACUAUCUCUCUCAGCUACGGUGCUGCCCUUGUUGCUGAUGCCGCCUGGUCUGGCGCGCGAACGGAGGAUGGCGAGCAAUUGUGGUAUGGUCUUUACCCCGGCGCCGACAUCAGUAGCUUUGGAUCGGUGCCUGGCAAAAACAGCACACCCUCCUCAGACGCGUGGUUUAAUCUGUUCAUCGCAAGGAAUGUAAGCUUCGACGCUACGAAGCUGACUAGAGAAGAAUACACCGAGUUCUUCCACCUCGCUGUUCAGCAAUAUAGCGAUACAAUGGACGCAGCGGACCCUGACUUGACUGCGUUUCGCAAUAGAGGGGGGAAGCUUAUUGCAUACCAUGGAAUGGCCGAUGAAAGCAUCCCCACGCAGGGCACAGAAUUCUACUACAAUUCCGCAAUGCAAAACGACCCAGAUGUCCACGACUACUAUCGCUACUUCGAAGCACCCGGUCUGGCCCACUGUGCUGGUGGUAAGGGUGGCCAGCCCACAACCACGUUCGAUGCGCUCCGACGGUGGGUCGAGAACGGCACUGCUCCAGAGUCUCUACCUGUCGAAUACACUGGUGCUAAUGGGACAAACGCUCGGAUUCUGUGUCCAUAUCCCGCGAAGGCAAGGUAUAUCGGAGGGAAUCCGGCCGUGACUGAGAGCUUCCGCUGUUCUGAAUAGCUUGAUUUGUCCGUUGUAACUUAAUUUUCAAAGUCGCUGACGACUAGAAUCUUC